AUGGCUCUGAGUAAAGUGAAACCCACUCAUGAAGACAUGUUGCCUUGGACUGCCUUCACCUUCAUGCUGAUGCAAAGACUGAAGGAAGAGCAGGAAGCCAAGCGGGCACGUUUGGACGGGAGGCAUGGCUACUUAUUUGCGAUUUUAGCUUCCUGUUUGGACCUGAACAAAACCGAGGUGGAAGAUGCCAUUCUUGAGGGGAAUCAGAUUGAAAGAAUUGAUCAACUUUUUGCUGUUGGAGGUCUCCGUCACCUUAUGUUUUACUAUCAGGAUGUGGAGGGAGCAGAAACAGGACAACUUGACUCUCCAGGAGGGGCACAUCUUGUUUCUGGAAAGAUUAAAAAACCCAAGGUGUUCGUGACUGAGGGAAAAGAUGUGGCUCUUACGGGUGUGUGCGUGUUUUUCAUCAGGACCGACCCUUCCAAAGCCAUCACUGCUGAGAACAUCCACCGGGAGGUGAGCUUUAACAUGUUGGAUGCCGCAGAUGGUGGCCUGCUAAACAGCGUGAGACAUUUGCUGUCAGACAUCUUCAUUCCUGCUCUCAGGGCUACGAGCCAUGGCUGGGGUGAGCUCGAGGGUCUUCAGGAAGCCUCCAACAUUCGGCAGGAGUUCUUGAGCUCUCUGGAAGGCUUUGUGAGCGUCCUAUCAGGUGCACAAGAGAGUCUGAAGGAGAAGGUGAUCCUUCAAAAAUGUGACAUAUUUGAACUGAAAACCCUGAAGGGACCUAUGGACUACUUGACUUUCGCUAAUAACCCAGAGACAAUGGGAAAAGUAGAAGGUUGUAUGAAAGUGUGGAUCAAACAGACAGAACAGGUCCUUGCUGAAAACAAUCAGCUUCGGAAGGAAGCAGAUGACCUUGGGCCCCGAGCAGAGUUGGAGCACUGGAAAAAAAGACUAUCCAAAUUUAACUACCUUUUGGAUCAGCUGAAAAGCCCCCAAGUGAAGACUGUGCUCGCAGUGCUUGCUGCGGCCAAGUCAAAACUCUUGAAGACUUGGCGUGAGAUGGAUGUUCGAAUCACCGAUGCAGCUAAUGAAGCGAAGGACAAUGUCAAAUAUUUGUACACACUUGAAAAAUGUUGUGACCCUUUGUACAGUGGUGAUCCUAUAUCCAUGAUUGAUGCUAUUCCUACACUUAUAAAUGCAAUUAAAAUGAUCUAUAGCAUCUCUCAUUACUAUAACACCUCUGAGAAAAUCACGUCUCUGUUUGUAAAGGUGACAAAUCAGAUGAUAUCUGCAUGUAAAGCCUACAUAACCAACAAUGGAACUGCUUCCGUCUGGAACCAGCCGCAGGAUGUUGUUGUAGAAAAAAUAUUAUCUGCAAUUAAACUUAAGCAGGAAUACCAGCACUGCUUUCACGAGACAAAACAAAAGCUUAAACAAAAUCCGAAGGAGAAACAAUUUGAAUUUAGUGAGAUGUAUAUUUUUGGAAAAUUUGAAACUUUUCACCGACGCCUUGCCAAGAUAAUAGACAUCUUUACAACCUUGAAGACAUACUCAGUCCUGCAAGAUUCUAAAAUCGAAGGGCUGGAAGACAUGGUUACUAAAUACCAGGGCAUUGUUGCAGCCAUAAAGAAAAAGGAAUAUAAUUUCUUAGACCAGCGGAAAAUGGAUUUUGACCAGGAUUAUGAAGAGUUUUGCAAGCAGACUAAUGACCUUCAUAAUGAGCUGCAGAAGUUUAUGGAUGUUACAUUUGAAAACAUUCAAAACACUAAUCAAGCUCUAAGUAUGUUAAAGAAAUUUGAAAGAUUGAAUAUACCUAAUCUCGGUAUUGAUGAAAAAUACCGACUUAUCUUUGAGAACUAUGGGGCUGACAUUGAUAUGAUUUCAAAGCUGUAUACAAAGCAGAAAUAUGAUCCUCCUUUGGCUCGAAACCAGCCUCCCAUUGCUGGGAAGAUUUUGUGGGCUCGUCAGCUCUUCCACAGGAUUCAGCAACCCAUGCAGCUUUUCCAGCAGCACCCAACUGUGCUAAGGACGGCUGAAGCCAAACCUAUAAUUCACAGUUACAACAAGAUAGCCAGGGUUCUUCUGGAGUUUGAGGUCCUCUACCACAGGGCGUGGCUUCAACAAAUUAAAGAAAUCCACAUAGGUCUUGAGGCUUCUUUAUUAGUGAAGGCUCCAGGCACAGGAGAAUUGUUUGUAAACUUUGAUCCUCAGAUACUCACCUUGUUUAGAGAAACAGAGUGCAUGUCACAGAUGGGUCUGGAAGUCUCCCCAUUUGCAGCUGCCCUCUUCCAGAGAAGGGAGAGAUAUAAAAAGAACUUCAGUAACAUGAAGAUGAUGUUGGCUGAAUAUCAGAGAGUGAAGUCCAAAAUGCCUCCCACCAUUGAGCAACUGAUGGCCCCUCAUUUGGCUAAAGUAGACGAAGCUCUCCAACCUGGCCUGGCUGCACUGACCUGGACGUCACUGAAUAUUGAGACAUAUCUAGAAAACACUUUUGCAAAGAUCAAGGACCUGGAGUUGCUGCUUGACAGGGUCAAUGACUUGAUUGAGUUCCGCAUUGCUGCCAUUCUAGAAGAAAUGGGCAGCACGCCUCUUUGUCACCUUCCCCAGGAGGAGCCACUCACCUGUGAAGAGUUUCUCCAAAUGACAAAGGACCUUUGUGUAAAUGGUGCUCAGAUAUUAAAUUUUAAAAGUUCCUUAGUGGAGGAAGCAGUCAAUGAGCUAAUUAAUAUGUUGCUGGAUGUGGAAGUCCCAUCUAAAGAAGAAAGUGAAAAAGUAUCCAAUGAGAACAGUGUUGAUUCAAAAAACGAAAGUCCAGCAAAAAGAGAAGGGAAUUCCUACACCUUGACAUCUUCCCUUAAUACUGGGGCUGGCCUCUUGCCUUUGACCACAAUCAAGAGAAAGAAGAAAGAGACUGAGAUGUUAGAGGAAGAAGCCUGCGAGCUGCUGUCUCAUUUUAACCAUCAGAACAUGGAUGCGCUUCUGAAAGUUAUAAGGAAUACACUGGAGGCCAUUCGCAAACGCAUUCAUUCCUCGCACAUGAUUAACUUCCGGGACAGUAACAAUGCAUCUAAGAUGAAGCAAAGCAGUCUGCCCAUUUUCCGGGCAAACAUCACUCUGGCCAUUCCCAACAUCGCCAUGGCCCCUGCCUUAGAAGACGUGCAGCAGACACUGAACAGAGCUGUCGAGUGCAUCAUCAACGUGCCCAAGGGGGUUAGACAGUGGAGCAGUGAGCUGCUGUCCAAGAAAAAGAUGCAUGAAAGAAAAGUAGCUGCUUUGCAGAAUAAUGAAGAUAGUGAUUCUGAUAUUGAAAUGGGAGAAAAUGAACUUCAAGAUACCUUUGAGAUAGCAUCUGUAAGCUUACCCAUUCCUGUGCAAACCAAGAACUAUUAUAAGAAUAUUUCUGAUAACAAAGAGAUUGUAAAAUUAGUGUCUGUGCUCAGCACAAUCAUCAACUCCACCAAAAAGGAAGUUAUUACAUCCAUGGAUUGCUUCAAGUGCUACAAUCACAUUUGGCAAAAGGAGAAAGAAGAAACUGUUAUGACAUUUACUAUGAAAACCCCCUUGCUUUCUGAAUUUGAAUCCCAGAUUCUCUAUUUCCAAAACCUAGAGCAGGAAAUUAAUGCUGAGCCUGAAUACAUCUGUGUGGGUUGCAUUGCUCUGUACACAGCUGACUUGAAGUUUGCUCUGACUGCUGAAACUAAGGCUUGGAUGGUUGUCAUUGGCCGUCACUGUAAUAAAAAAUACAGGAGUGAGAUGGAAAACAUUUUCACACUUAUUGAAGAAUUCAAUAAGAAACUGAAUCGUCAAAUUAAAGACCUGGACGACAUUCGGAUUGCGAUGGCGGCACUGAAAGAAAUCAGGGAGCAGCAAAUAUCCAUUGACUUUCAAGUAGGACCUAUUGAGGAAUCUUAUGCCCUGCUUAACAAAUACGGACUUCUGAUAGCAAAGGAAGAGAUGGACAAAGUUGAUACACUGCACUAUGCUUGGGAAAAGCUGCGCAUACGUGCUAGUGAAGUUCAGAAUGAAUUAGCUGCACUGCAGCCCAGUUUCAGGAAAGAGCUUAUUAGCACUAUGGAGGUCUUCCUCCAAGACUGUCGCCAGUUUUAUUUGGACUAUGAUUUGAAUGGUCCAAUGGCUAGUGGCUUGAAACCCCAGGAAGCCAGUGAUAGACUUACCAUGUUUCAGAAUCAAUUUGAUAAUAUCUAUCGAAAAUACAUCACCUAUACUGGAGGAGAGGAGCUUUUCGGUUUGCCGGUCACGCAGUAUCCUCAGCUUCUUGAAAUAAAGAAGCAACUAAAUCUUCUACAGAAAAUAUACACUCUGUACAACAGUGUCAUAGAAACUGUGAACAGUUAUUACGAUAUCCUUUGGUCAGAAGUGAAUAUUGAAAAAAUCAACAACGAACUUUUAGAAUUCCAGAACAGGUGUCGGAAGCUUCCCCGGGCCUUGAAGGACUGGCAGGCUUUUUUGGACCUGAAGAAGACUAUUGAUGAUUUCAGCGAGUGUUGCCCACUGCUGGAAUACAUGUCCAGUAAAGCUAUGAUGGAGAGGCACUGGGAACGGAUAACUGCUGUCACUGGGCACAGACUGGAUGUGGGGAAUGAAACAUUUAAGUUAAAAAAUAUCAUGGAGGCACCUCUUCUGAAAUACAAAGAGGAAAUAGAGGACAUCUGUAUCAGUGCAGUGAAAGAGAGAGACAUUGAGCAAAAGCUGAAGCAAGUGAUUAAUGAAUGGGACAACAAGACAUUCACGUUUAGCAGCUUUAAAACCCGUGGAGAACUCCUCCUGCGAGGAGACAGCACCUCAGAAAUCAUCGCCAGCGUGGAGGACAGCUUGAUGUUGCUGGGCUCCCUGCUGAGCAACAGGUACAAUAUGCCAUUCAAAGCCCAGAUUCAAAAAUGGGUGCAGUAUCUUUCCAACUCAACAGACAUCAUCGAGAACUGGAUGAUGGUGCAAAACUUGUGGAUUUAUUUAGAAGCCGUCUUUGUGGGAGGAGACAUUGCCAAGCAGCUGCCCAAGGAAGCCAAGCGCUUUUCCAAUAUAGAUAAAUCUUGGGUGAAGAUCAUGACUCGGGCACAUGAAAUGCCAAAUGUAGUUCAGUGUUGUGUUGGAGAUGAGACCAUGGGUCAACUAUUGCCGCACUUGCUGGACCAGUUGGAGAUAUGUCAGAAAUCCCUUACUGGAUACUUGGAGAAAAAACGACUUUGCUUUCCUCGGUUCUUUUUUGUCUCGGAUCCUGCCCUUCUGGAGAUUCUGGGGCAGGCGUCGGACUCCCACACCAUACAAGCCCAUUUGCUGAAUGUGUUUGACAACAUUAAAACGGUCAAGUUCCAUGAAAAGAUCUAUGAUCGAAUCCUGUCAAUUUCAUCUCGAGAGGGUGAGACGAUUGAAUUGGAUAAACCUGUGAUGGCAGAGGGCAAAGUAGAAGCUUGGCUUAAUUCUCUCUUGGAAGAAUCUCGGUCCUCCUUACAUCUUGUGAUUCGACAGGCAGCUGCAAAUAUUCAAGAAACAGGUUUCCAACUGAUUGAAUUUCUUUCUUCCUUCCCUGCUCAGGUUGGAUUAUUAGGAAUUCAAAUGAUAUGGACACGGGAUUCAGAAGAAGCCCUUAGAAAUGCCAAGUUUGAUAAAAAAAUCAUGCAUAAAACCAAUCAGUCUUUCCUGGAGCUACUAAACACACUGAUAGACAUCACCACGAAGGAUCUGAGUUCCAUGGAACGGGUUAAAUAUGAGACUUUGAUUACCAUUCAUGUGCACCAAAGGGAUAUCUUUGAUGACCUGUGUCACAAGCAUAUCAAGAGCCCUACGGACUUCGAGUGGCUGAAACAGUGCAGGUUUUAUUUUAACGAAGAUUCUGACAAGAUGAUGAUUCACAUCACAGAUGUAGCUUUCGUAUACCAGAAUGAAUUUUUGGGCUGCACUGACAGGCUUGUCAUAACUCCACUCACAGACAGGUGUUAUAUCACAUUGGCUCAAGCUCUGGGAAUGAGCAUGGGGGGAGCUCCUGCCGGACCCGCAGGAACAGGCAAAACAGAAACUACCAAAGACAUGGGACGAUGUCUUGGGAAAUACGUCGUGGUUUUCAAUUGUUCAGACCAGAUGGAUUUCCGAGGACUUGGACGGAUUUUUAAAGGACUGGCGCAGUCUGGAUCCUGGGGUUGUUUUGAUGAAUUUAACCGUAUCGAUCUACCAGUUCUCUCAGUUGCAGCCCAGCAAAUAUCCAUUAUUCUGACAUGUAAAAAGGAGCGUAAAAAAUCUUUUAUUUUUACUGAUGGAGAUAAUGUGACUAUGAACCCUGAAUUUGGUCUUUUCUUAACCAUGGUGCAUUAUGACUUCGGUCUGCGCAACAUUCUGUCAGUUCUUCGCACCUUGGGAGCAGCGAAAAGAGCCAACCCCACAGAUACGGAAUCCACCAUUGUCAUGCGUGUGCUACGAGACAUGAAUCUCUCUAAACUGAUUGAUGAGGAUGAACCCUUAUUUUUGAGUUUGAUUGAAGAUCUCUUCCCAAAUAUUCUUCUGGAUAAGGCAGGUUACCCUGAAUUGGAAAUGGCGAUUAGUAGACAGGUUGAAGAAGCUGGUUUAAUCAACCAUCCUCCCUGGAAACUGAAAGUCAUCCAGUUGUUUGAAACGCAGAGGGUGAGGCACGGAAUGAUGACCCUGGGGCCUAGUGGAGCGGGAAAGACCACCUGCAUCCACACCUUGAUGAAAGCCAUGACAGAUUGUGGAAAACCACACCGGGAAAUGAGGAUGAAUCCCAAAGCAAUUACUGCCCCACAGAUGUUUGGUCGGCUUGAUGUGGCUACAAAUGACUGGACUGAUGGGAUCUUUUCCACCCUUUGGAGAAAAACAUUGCGAGCUAAGAAAGGGGAACAUAUCUGGAUAGUUCUUGAUGGUCCAGUAGAUGCCAUCUGGAUUGAAAAUCUGAACUCCGUUUUGGAUGAUAACAAAACUCUAACACUUGCCAAUGGUGAUCGGAUUCCCAUGGCUCCAAACUGCAAGAUAGUUUUCGAACCUCAUAACAUUGACAAUGCUUCUCCUGCUACUGUCUCAAGAAAUGGAAUGGUUUUCAUGAGUUCUUCUAUCCUCGGCUGGAGUCCUAUUCUUGAGAGUUUUCUUAAGAAACGCUCACCUCAAGAAGCUGAAAUCCUUCGUCAGUUGUACGCUGAGUCUUUUCCGGACUUGUAUCGCUUCAGUAUUCAGAACUUAGAAUACAAAAUGGAGUUGCUGGAGGCCUUUGUAAUCACGCAGAGCAUUAACAUGCUUCAAGGCCUGAUCCCUCCGAAGGAGCAAGGCGGGGAGGUGAGUCCGGAGCACCUGGCGAGGCUGUACGUCUUCGCGCUGCUGUGGAGCGUCGGGGCGGUGCUGGAGCCCGACGGCCGGCGCAGGCUGGAGCUGUGGCUGCGCGCUCGGCCCGCGGCGCUGCACCUGCACCUGCACCUGCCACCGGAGGGCCCGGGCGACACCGUGUACGACUACUACGUGACGCCCGAUGGUAAAUGGACGCACUGGAGCACCUGUACCCAGGAAUAUGUGUAUCCUUCUGAUACCACCCCAGAAUAUGGCUCUAUCCUGGUGCCAAAUGUUGACAACGUGAGGACUGACUUUCUAAUUAAAACCAUUGCUAAACAGGGCAAGGCUGUGCUGUUAAUUGGUGAACAAGGAACAGCCAAAACGGUCAUAAUCAAAGGAUUUAUGUCAAAAUAUGAUCCUGAAAGUCACAUGAUCAAGAGUCUGAACUUUUCUUCAGCAACCACCCCCCUGAUGUUUCAGAGGACAAUAGAGAGCUACCUGGAUAAACGCAUGGGUACAACAUAUGGCCCUCCUGCAGGAAAGAAGAUGACUGUUUUUAUUGAUGAUGUGAAUAUGCCAAUAAUCAAUGAGUGGGGAGAUCAGGUUACUAAUGAGAUAGUACGACAGCUGAUGGAACAGAAUGGAUUCUACAACCUCGAAAAGCCUGGGGAGUUCACCAGCAUCGUGGACAUCCAGUUGUUGGCAGCCAUGAUCCAUCCUGGAGGUGGACGCAAUGACAUACCCCAGAGACUCAAGAGGCAGUUCUCUAUAUUUAACUGCACAUUGCCCUCCGAUGCUUCCAUGGACAAGAUCUUUGGUGUGAUUGGUGUGGGCUACUACUGUACCCAGAGGGGCUUCUCAGAGGAAGUGAGAGAUUCAGUGAUGAAACUGGUGCCCCUGACACGCCAACUAUGGCAGAUGACCAAGCUGAAAAUGCUUCCUACCCCUGCAAAAUUUCAUUAUGUGUUUAACCUUCGAGAUCUUUCUAGGAUCUGGCAGGGAAUGCUAAACACUACUUCAGAGGUCAUCAAGGAUCCAGAUGAACUGUUAAAAUUGUGGAAGCAUGAAUGCAAACGUGCUAUAGCUGAUCGUUUUACGGUGUCUGAUGACGUGACUUGGUUUGAUAAAGCUUUAGUAAGUCUGGUAGAGGAAGAGUUUGGUGAAGAGAAAAAACUCUUGGUGGAUUGUGGAAUUGAUGCUUAUUUUGUGGACUUUUUGAGGGAUGCACCGGAAGCUACAGGUGAAACAUCUGAGGAGGCUGAUGUUGAAAUGCCCAAAAUUUAUGAGCCCAUCGAAUCUUUUAAUCACCUAAAAGAGCGUUUGAAUAUGUUCCUGCAGCUCUAUAAUGAGAACAUCCGCGGCACUGGCAUGGAAAUGGUGUUCUUCACAGACGCGAUGGUUCACUUGGUCAAG